AUGUUCUACUCGCACAGCAUCCUCGCCAAGUCGGGGCCCUUCGCGCACGUCUGGCUCGCGGCGACGUGGGAGAAGAAGCUCACGCGGUCGAUGAUCUUCAACACGGACAUCGCGACGGCCGUCGAAUCGAUCGUGAACCCGUCGGCGCCGCUCGCGCUCCGGCUGUCGGCGAACCUGCUCGUCGGCGUCGUCGCGUACCUCAUGAACGACUGCAACGAGGCCAUGGUGAAGAUCCGCAUGGCGUUCCGCGGCGGCGUCGUCGACCUGCCCGAGGAGAACGCCGUCGCGAACUUCGACGAGCUGGACCUGAGCUUCGAGAUGAACGCGCCCUUCGGCGGCGGCGUCGGCGGCGGCGGCGACGGCGGCGCGGACGAGUGGGCCGCGGCGGCGACGACGCAGAACCUCGGCAACGCGCGCGACAUCUCGCUCGCGGGCUCGGAGAUGGACGACGACUCGCUCGCCGGGUCCCGGAGCCAGGAGCUCGGCGGCGCGCCCUUCUCCGCCGGCGGCGGCUCGCGGCGCUUCACGGACGCGUCGUCGAUCGAGAUGAUGCGCGGCGUCGACGACGCCGAGGGCCGCUUCUCGAGCGUCGGCGGCCGCGACUCGUUCCUCGGCGGCGCCAACGAGGAGGACCUGGGCAUGACGGACCUCGAGCCCGUCGCCCAGGCCGACCUCCUGCCGCCGGACCUGCCGGAGGACGACUUCGCGCCCGCGUACGCGCCGGAGGACGACGAGCCCAUGUUCGACGCGGCGCAGCCGCGCGACGGGUCCCUGGGCCCCGUCGUCGACGACCUCGGCGCCAUCACGGGCGGGGCCAUGGACGUCGACGACGAGCCGCCGCCGCCCGCCGGCGACGACGCGGAGGAGGCCGCGGCGCCGGAGCCCGCGAAGAAGAAGCGGAAGCCCGCGAAGCGCGCCGUCGACCUCCGCGACGCGGCGACGCAGCUCGACGCGGCGACGAUCAAGGGCUGGAUGAAGGACCGCUCGGCCAUCGUGCGCGUCAAGCGGCCCCGCGACGCCGCGCCCGCGGGCGCGCGGAAGCGCGCGUUCGGCCGCGCGCCGGAGCUCGACGCGGCCGCGGACGCGCUCGGCGGCGGCGCGCGGGGCCGCGCGGCCCUCGCGAACAACGCCGCCGGCGACGCCGCCGCCGCCGCCGCCGAGGCGGCGCCCGCGGCGCCGCGCUUCUCCGCGCAGUUCGGCGACGACGACGACGACUCCGUCGAGGUCGGCCGCUUCGAGUCGGCCGCGGCGCCGGAGCCGGGCGCGCCGGAGAGCGCCAAGGGCGACCUCCUCGACGCCGGCAGCGACGCGCCGCGCUUCGGCGAGGACGACUACGACCUGCCGCCGCCGGACUUCGAGGCGGGCGACUACGCGCCGCGGCCCGACGACGACGACGACCUCCUCGGCCCGCCGCCGGACGACGACGGCGACGCGGGCUUCCUCCAGCCCAUCGACGACGAGGACCUGCCCGCGCCCGACGACUUCGACCGGAGCGGCGCCCAGGACCGCGACUGGCACCCGAACACGAUCAAGGUCGUCGGCCUCCUCCGCGACCAGCUCGACGCCGCGGAGUCCCUGAGCUUCGACGCCUUCACGGCCGGCGCGAACAAGCGCUCCGCCGUCGGCGUCUUCGUCGAGCUCCUCCACCUCAAGACCUGGGACUUCGUCCAGCUCGACCAGCCCGCGGCCUACGGCGACAUCACCGUGUCCAAGGCCGCGCACUUCCACGACCCCAUCCCCCAGGCCGUCGCCGCCUAG